CGUCGUCACUGUGGUGAGAUAUCGAUCGUGCUUUGAGGUUUCAGUGUGCGGGAGGGGGGGAAGGGGGAGAACAAAUUGGUUGGCUAAGCGGGCAACGGAGCGGGGUUCGGGGUUGGUUAGGGGAUGAGGAGGAGGUCCGUGGCCUGGAAAUGGUGAGAACGGGCCUUGGAAGCGAGUGGUGAGGGAUGAGUGAUGAGUGAGAGCGACGGUGCAGAGGGUGGGAAGGGCCUUUGGAAGUGGAGGUUGUGGAGUUUAGGGCUUGGCAAGGGAGGGGAGGACGAAGGAGACGCAAUGACUAUGGCGUCUGCGCCAGCGGUGCAACGGCUGUACGACGUGUGUAAGAAAGUGUUCACGUCGACUGGUGUGCCCUCGGAAGCGCAAGUUGCUAACGUGCGAGCCGUCCUAGAUAACAUAAAGCCGUCAGAUCUUGGGUUGGUUAAUGACGAGCAGCAGAAUGGAGGUGAUCGAUGCUUUACUGGUGACGGUAAAGGCAAUUGGCUCAGGCCAAGAUAUUCACUCCCAAUCAGCUAUCUUCACCUUUACGAGUGCGACCUAUUCUCUAUGGGCGUUUUUGUUCUUCCUACAUCAGCGAGUAUACCUCUUCACAACCAUCCAGGCAUGACCGUACUCAGUCGCCUGCUUUAUGGAAAAAUGCAUGUGAGGGCCUAUGACUGGGUGGAUCCUCAUGAUGAGAGGUUGAACAAAAACCCGAGAAUAGCACGACAAGCGAAAUUGGUAGUAGAUCACGUGCUAGGAGCAGAAUCAAAUGGAACAGAGCCACAACGAGCUUCUGCAACGGAGGUACUGUAUCCCACGUCGGGUGGUAACAUUCAUGCCUUCACUGCCCUUACGCCAUGUGCUGUGCUGGAUGUGCUAGCUCCACCAUAUUCACCGGCAACUGGCCGACAUUGCACAUACUACCGUGCCACUUCAAGUGAUGGAACGGUUGAAGGAUGCGAUCAAAUUGAGUGGCUGGAAGAAUUUCGCACACCUAAUGAUUUUGUGGUGCAACAGGGUGAUUAUCAGGGUCCCAGAAUUAUUCCAACCCCUAGCAGAGGCACUGCCGGAGUUGCUGUUCGAGUUGGCCAUCGUAAUGGCUUGCAUAAACUUGGGGAUCAAUUGAAGAUCAAGAAAUCAAGGAAAAGUCAAGACCACACAACUAGAAUCAGAGAUAUCAAAGCUGCCCUUCCAUUGCGGCGUAGGGUGUGUAGUGGGAGUGUGGAAUAAGAGUGCAGGCUUUAAAUUAGACUGUGGCUGCUUUCUUGAAGAGCACAGGCGACGAGUAGAUUUUUCUCCGAGCAUACCCUAAUGAGUUCACGGUCGGCUAAAUGCUCUUCUGAAGUGUCUGAUUCGUGCUCGGAAGUCCUCAGAAGUGCAAUAUUUAGUCCUUAAAAUGGCACAUAAUUGCUUCAAUUCUUGGAGAAACUUCCAUGUAAGUGAAAGUAAAAUUAGGUAUCGGGGGUUUUGUAAUUACAAGUGUGAAUAGCGUAUGCUGCGUUCAACCAGUCAUAGGAUCCGAAGGUCGAUUACAAUUCUACAAAUGUUAUCUUGUUGGAAAAAACAGCUGCGCUUGUAUCAGCUUUUGGGAA